CAAGCAUCGAGAUGGGUCUGGGUACAUCUAUGCUGUAUCUAUCGGAGUCGUCGGCGACAAGGAAACUCAUCGAUCGGACUUCAAUCUGUACCUCCUCCCUAUUUCAGCCUUCUCGAAACGUCACAGGAGGCGCAUCCCUGCAAGGACAUGAUGAUUGCGAGGAUCAUGGCGGCAACAGACGAGACGCCGGACAGAUGAUCAACCGACGAUCUGAUAUGUUUGUGUUGACGAUGCACAGAAGCAAUUCCUCCCUCCUCGACAUGGAUCCCGACAAGCAUUAAUAGCAUCUCCACAUACCCACAGUUCCCUCUCAACCCUCUGUGACGAAUUGCGCAUGACAUGAAACGCAUUGAUGCCCAAGCCUUGUACCAGCAAGCUCUCGUCUAAAAUGCUUUACUUCUAUAUGAUCCUCAUACAGUAGCUCCACAGGGGCAACGGUAAACUCAGACAAAAGAUUACAUCUGUAGCGGCUAAUAUCUCAAUAGAGAUUUGAUCACGAGAGCAAUUACCUCCUUCCGAUCCAGGCCAGGCACAUUAGAAGUGUCCUCGUACUACCGAAGGACAGAGUAAGGGAAAGGA